AUGGGGACCUCAAUCGUUGCCUACUUUACUUGCCUUCUGCUUCUUCUGACAUUGACCAAGGUCCAUGGAGGUCCAGUCUACAGCUCCAUGAUAUCGUCAGACCUGUCCGACCUUAAGGGUCUCCUGGAACGCCUAGAAGACAAACUCCCGGCAGAAGAACCAGAAGUCCCAGCUCAAGAUUUAUUUAUGGGAAACUAUGACUCAUUGGAUUCCAUCCAGUCUUCUAAUUCAGCCCCAUCCUGGCCCGGGGAAGGGUCCCGGCCCCCCGCAGACCUGGGCUAUAACAGAGGGUCCUGGGCCCAACCUGAUAGGGUGUCCCCCCUGAAGAACAAGCUGCGAGAGCUGCUGAACGCCCCCCGGAGCAUGAGGCGGUCCUCGGAUUGCUUUGGGUCUCGGAUUGACAGAAUUGGAGCUCAGAGUGGCAUGGGAUGCGGCCGCAGGUUUUCAAGAGAAAGCGAAGCACAAAAUGUACAGGAUUAAAAGACCAAUCGGAGACGACUGCAAGAGGCCCUGCCCGUCAUAAGGGACUAAUAUAUUAAUAAUACAUAAUAAUAAUAAAAUAAUAAUA